GUCAGAGCCAUUCAUCAAUGGCAACAGCAGCAGCCAGCGAUCACUCUCUGAACAUCAAAUAGCACCUGCAGUCCUGCGUUAGUAUGAAAAGAAGUACCAGUACCAUCAAAGCUGCUAGUAGCUAUGGUAUUCUAGCUUGGCUGCUUCUACCCAUCCUUCUGGGUACAGGUAGCACCAGUCCCAGCGUUCUACCUGUACCGGUUUCUGCGUUUUGCACUCCACGGCUUGCUACCCGUGUUGCUACCCAUAGUAGUGCAUCUAGUAGUAGUAGCUUUCUUAGCCUGGCCAAGAGCAAUGGAGAACUAGAGAGCAGUAGUGACAGUAGUAGUGAAUCAGAAGAGCAAGUGGCCGAACGACAACGGCAACUAGAUGCCAUGAUGAGAAACCAAGAAGCCUCCUCUAUGCAAUCCUCCCUCCUCGGAUUGGGCACUGGUACUACCAGUACCAGUACCGGUAGUACUGACGAUGACGACGGGGACGAAUACAAGGCCGUUCCACUCUUUACGGGAAGCGUCAUCUUUCUUUUUAGUCUCUUCUUCACCUUUUAUGGAUUCUACGUAUUUGCAACCGGAAAUGAUCCCAUUUUCUUGAAUGUCAGGCCCACCGAACCACCGCCUGCUUCCUGGUACUAACUAGCAAUGACUGCAUCAUAACUGAGCUGAAGUAAGCUAAGCUAAGCUAAGCUAAGAAUUUCUACUAGAAAUGAAUCCAAACUCUU